UGACCCACAUUUGUCGCCCUCCCUGUGUCUAGCCCAUCCAAUCCCGGAGAAGGGGAGGGAUGAGGUGACCGCUCCAUCCUUGUUUUAUGGUCCUCAUACUUCCACCAGCUUUGAAACUGUAUAGGGUGUGGGAUUUAAUAGCCGGAGCCACUGUAGUUUGGCAUUGCCUGGAAUCACAACCUGGUCCAUACGCCUGGCCAGGGGGAGGAGGUGAAGAAAGAAAAGUCCUCCUCCCCUCCAGCAUCCCUGCCUGUGGCUCAGCGGAUUCAGUACUUUCAGCAUUUGGAGAGCUCCAGGGCUCUUCACGCCGGGCGGUGGGGUUGGCAGCAGAGCAUCUGCCCAGCUCUUUGCUCUCCAGUGACUAUGGCUAGUGUCCAGCAAGGGGAAAAGCAGCUUUUCGAGAAGUUCUGGAUGGGGACUUUUAAAGCCGUGGCCACUCCAAGAAGGGAAAGCAUCAUCGUUACCAGCAUCACCUCUCGGAAACCGCUGUCAAGUGACAAUGUCAAAUGCUCAUUAUCUCCAAACAAAGACAUAAGACAAGAGGGGACACUAAGUGGAAGUCUGGAGAAUGGGUGUACAAGAAGAAGGUUUGGGCAAGAGCUUAGCCCGCGCCAGCACCAAAGAGACAGGUUCUCAGAAGCAGAAAAACUCAGCCCAUCCCCACCUCCAAAGAGCAAAAAGAAGAAGAAAAAGUCUGAUCGCAAGAGGAGAAAAAGGUCACGAUCUUACAGUCCUUCCCCAGUGAAAAAGAAAAAGAAGAAAAGCUCAAAGAAGCAGAAGAGGAACAGGUCUUCAUCAAAGAAGAGACGACACAAUUUAUCCAGCCCAAAAAGCAAAAGAAAGCAAGACCGGAAACACAGAAAGCACUCACGUGGUAGGUCACGAAAAUCCCACCAUCAUCAUUACCAACAUUCUCGCUCUUCAAGCAUUGAAUCUAGAUCCCCAAGCUGUGAAAACAGAGCAAGGGAGCAAUCUAAAGGAGAAAGACAUCGGUCAAGGAGAAAGAAACACAAAUACCACAAUUCUAGGUCUGUAAAUAAGAAGCAAAGAGAAGUGACUCCACUGUCUGCACAUAGCAGCAUCUGCACCUCCAAGUUGACAAUUUCCCAAUCAGUCCCUGGUCUUUUGGUCACAACAGAGAAUCAUGGAAGUUGUCAGAAGGAUGUCUCAAACGAAUAUGACUCGGGAAAUGAUAUAAGCACCCCUCCCUCGAUGCAGACAAGUUCCUCUGUGUUGAAGAUAAACCAGGACAAAGAGAGUCCUAUUCUUCAGGGUUUUGGACAUGUCCCUUCAUCUGUGAAGACUCCAAAUGGCCACAGUGACAACAUCUCUGAUUCAGGGAACUCAUCUGCCAGUUGUUUCUCUUUUAGUAAAGAUUCAUCACUUCAUUUGGGAGAUACACGGACGUUGGCAAAAAGAGAUUUGUCCUCUUGUCUCGGCUGCCUUGAGGAACACAAAAGUGUAUCUGACAUAUCGCCUGACAGGACAUCUGUACACAGACAUCGAUCACGGAGCUCCUCAUACAGAAGCACCAGAAGGUCUUACUCCCGUAGCUCAAGUCAUUCCAUCAGCUCUUACUCUUCUUACUAUAGGUCAUCUUCAGACAGAAGGUCCCGAAGUAGGUCCAUUUCUUCAGGUGCAAGGUCAUACUCAAGAUCUACCAGCUAUUCAUCCAAAUCAGCCAGGAAGAGCACCGGAAGUAGAAAUUCACGAAGAAGUCCUAGUUACUCCCGCUACAGUCCCACCAGAGAUCGAGAGAGAACCAACAAGUAUGAUUCUGUUGAAAAGGAAACUCGUAAAGGAGGUCACCGGACAAGACGCAGCUCCUAUUCACCUAUGAGAAAGCGCAGAAGGGAUUCACCAAGUCACCUGGAAGCAAGAAGAAUCACUAGUGCUCGCAAACGUCCCAUCCCAUAUUACCGGCCUAGCCCUUCGUCAUCAAGCAGUGACAGCAGCACCCCCUCUUGGUACAGUCCAAGAAGCAGAUCCAGAAGUCGCAGUUACUUUAGUCACAGAAGUAGUCGGAGCAGAAGCCGCAGCAGUGACUGGAACAGAAGCUCUCGGGAACACAGUAGGAGUCAUAGUAGAAGCUGGAGCCGAAGUUCUGACUCUUGCGACAGCAUCAGGCGCUGAGACUCCUGCUUGGGUUUCCAUGUUAUUCAUACAAAGCUCUGCAGCACGGCUAGUGAAAUAUUUCCCAUCAACAUCCAUGUCCACCGGUAUGCUUCUGAUAAUCAGACAUGCUGCAAUUUCCCUCUCUACAACAAUGAACAGAACGUGUGAGGAUACAUAGAAACAUAUGGAGAAGCGUCCAGAGUCCUCCUUUCUUACAAGCUGAGCCAUCACAUCCACCUCCACCCCCCUGCGCUGUCAUAGUAAAGUACUUAUCAGUCCAAUACUUGGGGUCUUCAUGACUCUCGUACACCACAUGGAAUGGCAAGCAUGUGGCAGAGUAACCACUCAGAUGCUAAAGUCAGCUUCCUAACACCAACAAGGGCCCUGAAUGCUGAUACUGUGGUUGAGUACAAGAAAUUCCCAACAAUGCAAAUUGGCUUUCAUUACAAUCACUUGUUUCAGUUUAGUAAAGACAGGGUUAAAUGUAUCGAUUUACUGGCAGCUAUAAAGACUCCAUAACUGAAGCUAUAAAGCUACUUUCCCAUGUAAGUGGUACGUUAUGAAAGCUUGACUUGGCGUGUAUUUUUUACACAUAGGACUUUAUUGUGAGUAUCCAUCUGGGCUGCAAUAAUCCAAUGUGACUGUGUUCCCACAUCUACGGUACAAAGUGAGAAUGUGCUAACAACCUCCCCAUGGUCUACAUUCCAAAAACAGUAAGAACAAUAAUUGCCGCAUCUCAAUGAAGAAUAGACAUGAGGCUUUGUCUUCUCUACCCUCCAUAGGCAAUUGCUGUAAUUGUUGUUUAUUACUUAUUUAUUUAUUAUUUAUUUUUUUAUUCAUAUAAGCGUAAUUGGACAGUGUGUGGGAAAAAUAUUCUGAAACUAGAGGAACCUAAAGAGCUUACAACACGUGCAUUACUUUUUUUUUUUACCAAGGUUAUGGAAAGUUGUGUAGAAACAGAGGGGGUCAUAGGUAAAAUGUGUGUUACUGUAUAUAUGUCAUAUUGGGAGACAAGAAAGUUGUGCAGGACUGUUACACAUGAAAACAGUGUCAGUAAUAUAUACAUAUGGCACAUAUACCUGUUCAGACUAUUUUAUGCAUGUCCCCCAAGUAUGAACAUGAUGUGUGGAAAUUGUGUUUUCUCUGAGGUAGAGGUCUAGAAAUUAGAGGUGAGUUCUUUCCUGUAUACUAGAAACAGAUCACCUUGCUGUACAGAACCCUACAGGACACACUGUAUGAUUAAAUAAUGUAACAACCGGGUCUAUAUCGCCAACACCAGCCCUGUCAGUUUUAGAUAGGUGACCUAGAAGGUUGUAUUAUUAUUAGUUUAACAGAGUAUAAACUAACAAUUUUCUCAAUAUAUAGCCAUCAUUUACGUUAAGAGUGGAGUGUAGUUUUCUUUCAGUUUUUUUUCCCUGACAUAGUUUUUCAUGAUAUUUACAAAAAUUUCCCUAAGAUAAGCAUUUUUCCCUACAUUUUGCUUUUUUUUUCACAACUGCGCUGAGUAGUUUUCCAGAGCUCAAAUCCACUACAUAUUAUGUGGGAACAUUAAAAAAAUUGCUUGAAUUUUUCAAAAUGGACGGGGAAAUGCUCACUUUUUCAGUGACCAAACAAACAAUGCCCCUUUUUUCCGGUUUUCUGAGUAAAGUGUAGCGUUAGUAGGUUUCUUUUUUAUUGUUCGUUGGAAAUUCUGGCGCACGACACAUGCAACACAAAACAAAAUUCCAAAGCUACUUAGAAAAACCUUAGUAAAUGAGGCCCAAUUUGUUUUUAGAUUUAUUGCACAAAUAGGGUUUAAAAAUAUAUAGUGACUGCAAUCACAAGUCCAAGGGGCAAAGAAGAAUUUGAACCAAAAGUAAUGGAAUUUUUGGUUGUACUCAGAUGUUCAGUCAUUGCAAUGCAUGUGAGUGAAAUUUGUGAAAUCUCCAUACUAGGUGUGGAACUGCAGAUCCUGGCAGAUAGGUGCUGGGGGUGGGAUAAAAUUAACCAUACCUGGUGGUGCUAAGCUGCAGCUGCAUGCCUCCUUGCUCCCUCUCCCACCCUGCUUUGACUAAUUGACAUACAGGGCUGAAAGCUAAGCCCUGUACAUCAAUUAUGCAUGGUGGGGGUAAGAAAGAGUGGAGUAGCAGCAUGUAUCUUUCCUCCUCCCCCCUGCUUUGACUGAUUGACAGUACUGGAAGCCCCAUACAUGAAUCAUACAGGAUAGGGAGAGUGAAGGAAUGCUGCUGUGCAAUUCAGCUCCACCUCUUCAGGUGCUAAAAAAAAAAAAAGGCACUUUUAUGACUUUGUAAAAGCAAUCAGCAAAACUAAAGCAGUAUAACAUAACAUGUUUGCGGAUUGGAAUGCAUUUUUAAAGUGACAGGUUCCCUUUAAAGGGGUGUGGUAUGGUGAGGAGGUGUGGCUUAUAAGUUAUCUAAAGGCAUAGCACAUGUUUGGCAGAUGACGCCUAGUGCAUACAUUGUACCAUGACAGAUUUCCCUAUAAGAGAUAUUUAUCAUAAUUUGUGAGACUUUAAAAGAAGAAAAUGGAUCAGUCUUGUUUUGGUUAAAUCUGCCUUAAUUUGCUUAUUUGAAAACCACGCACAUAGGAAGGGAAUUCUUGCAAUCAUGCCCUAUCAUUCCCCUUGUAGUUAAUCUAAGCAUUCAUCAUCCUGACAGUGUACAUGUUUAUCAGCUCCGUGUUGGUACAAGCAGUAAUGAAUUAAUGUUUGCUGACCUUGUACAAGUGUAUUGUUCUGCUUUAGGGUAUGUGAGGAAUUGGAGAGGAAUUUACUCGAGUAAUUCCGCUCGCUUAUUCCUCUCCAAUUCAGUCAGCAGUGAAAAACCCAAUAGAGUUUAACUGUAUUUCCCCUCCUUAGUUCACACUGAGGAAUUUGUAGCAAGCGGAAUUCCAACGCUGAAUUCCGCUCCGCAUGAAGAAUGAACAUGUUCUUUCUUCAUGCGGAAUCUGCAUCUUUGUUCCAUAGAAAUCAAUGAAAUCUUUUUUCAGCCUGAUGUCGUUACAUUGGGAAUUCGUGUGGAAUUUGCACGGAAUAUCCACAAAACUCCGCACAAAUUCUGCUUGGAAGGACUUUCACCAAUUAGGGAAAUUCUGUGGUGUAUGACUAUUAUUUUUGAGAACUACCCCUUAUUCCCCAUUGACUUCUUUUCAAUUGCCUGAUUCACACCAUGUAAUUCUGCACACUGGACUCUACAGUCCCCUCCGCUGAUUUCCUUUAUCUUGCAGCUGCAGAACUUCUACAUUUUCCAAUGAUUAUAUAUUUUCUAAAUAGAGAGAUACAAAUGGAAUAUUCAAGUAGGAUGGUAAUAUAAGGCAUGUCACACAAGUACACUGCUUGCAUAUUCGAAAACACCUUGCAGAUAUUCUUUGAAUUGCUUUGUUUUCUGACAUCUUUUCCUUCUGCCUUAAUUUUCUCUAUUUGGAAAAUGAGAUAAAUGAUGCACAUAGAAAAUCUCCCCCUGGAUGGUUAAAUGGGAACAACAUACUGUUGACUUUUGUUUUAAUGGCCAAGCAAUUAUGACAUCAUAGACAUCAAAAGAAAACAGCUUAAAGGGGUACUUGGCCCCUAGACAUCUUUUCCCUAUCCAAAAGGAUAGGGGAUAAGAUGUCUGAUCACGGGGUUCCACCACUGGGGACCCACGCAAUCUCGGCUACGGCACCCCAGACUUCGCUCUGUGCCGGAUAACUGGUGAUGUGAGCAGAAGGCUCGUGACGUCACGGCCACGACUCCUCAAUGCAAGUCUAAUGGAGGGGGCGUGGUGGCCAUCAGGCCCCCUCCCAUAGACUUGCAUUGAGGAGGCGUGGCUGCGACGUCACAUGGGGCAUGACUGACAUCAUAAGCCUCCGGCGCUGCACCUGAUGCUCUAAACAAAUGCUGGGUGCAGCAGGGAGAUCGCACGGGAUAAGAUGUCUAGGGGCGGAGUACCCCUUUAAACGGUUAGGCUCCAGCAGCAAAUGACAGGGACCAUCAGUUACAGGGUUGUUUCACAAUUAGCAUUUAUUUUGCAUCCAGAUCCUAAAGCAUGUGGUAAAAUGAAAAAAAAAUAAUAAUUUUUUUGCUGCAUUUGCUGUUUUUUUUUUUGUUUUGUUUUUUCCCAAAGAGCAAUAUGCUUUGCCUUUUCUCCAUAGGCUUCUUUAUAAGGCCUGAAAAGUACCCCAAAAAAUCAGGUUUUAAAUCUUACAAUAUAAAAAAAAACAAAAAACUGCAAACAUACUGUGCAUAAAGGAAGCCUAGUGGCUUCUGAGAUCUGAUUAAUGUAUAAUAAUGUCAGUCAUCAAAGAAACAAGGUACCAGGGGUGAAUCUUGAAGGGUAUCCAGAGCCUGAAUGUCUGAAUGCCCCUCUUCAUUGGCCUGAGCAUUUAGCGCCAGGUUUUAGUUAUUGAUUUCCUUAUUUAUUUAUUGUAUUUAUGAAUUAAUUUAUGUAUUUAUUGUGAGAAAUGAUAUUGUCAUUCCUUUUUAUACAUGUUCUUCUGCCUGGUUACUGUGUUGCUCAGUGUGUUACAAAUUAAACGAUUAUGGGAUGUUUAUUUCUAUUCUACAAUGUGUUAUUGGGAAGGUUUCUUCAUAAUAUAACAGAAUCGAUAGCAUAAUAUGUUGUGUUAAAAAAUUCCAUCCAGCUAAGUCAACGUACUGCUUGAAAAAUAAUGGGUCUGCCAGAAAGAUAGUGUAAAAAAUGUCUGGGAUGUGGUGGAAAUGAUGUAGGGCAGCCUUCUCUACCAAGUCAUUAUUUCCAUUGACAAUGUGUUACAACGUGGGAUGUUUCUUUUAUAUGAUGUACCUUCAUCUUCUGGGUUUCUGUAUGCUGCUUUAAGAUAUUUAUUGGGUUUGGUUGUCAAAUUGUUUCUUUAUUUAAUGCUUGAUAUGUAAUGUAUUUAUUGUUAGUGGUCUGGGUGAGAACCAACCGUCACACUUGAAUUACCUCCGUGUUAUUACUGUGCUAAUCCAUUUGCUGCUUUGUAUUUAUGUUAUACCUUAAACAAUGUACAAACUGGUUUUGGUGGGAACUUUACAGUUUCUUUGGCUGUCUUUAUUUAUGUUAAUGUAUAUUUUAUU